AUGGGAGGUCAGAUAGUCAUGCUCAAGAGGGCAGAGGCGUCAUGCAGGGAGUCCAUCAGGCAAGCUGUCAAGCCCCUGAGUCAGUCCUGGAAGAGAGUCGAAAAACAUCUUAACAAAAGUAGAGAACCCAGGGAGGGUGAGAUCCUUGGCACUGUGGACAAAUCACGACGUUCUGUCAGCACGGCACAGCCUCCACCUGACACAACCCCCAAACAAACGAAAGCUCUGGCACCAUUGGCAGGGGAUGAAGACCCACUGAAAACACACCAGCACAGUUUGGCACUGAGUCCUACCAAAGAAAAGGCGUUGGAAGAACACAUUAAGACCUUUGGCAAGAGGAUGGCAUUUGGUCAGCCCCAAAGAGUUGAAUCCUUAGAGUCCUACCUGACAAAACUACAGCCACCCGGUUCUUUCUCUCAGUUCCGCUGUCCCUCACACACCGUUUCUGGACUGGAUUCUGACAAGUCCUCCAGACUCCUCCAAAGAAACACUAGUGGAGACAGAAGGGGGACAGUGAAUUUAGCCCCCAUCCAAGGAGGGCCUCUCCCUGCUAGCUUGCCUGUGGGCCAGAUACAGCCGGCCUCUGGGAACAGGAAGGUGUUUGUCGAUCAAAAAGCUCCAAGUGGCAGAGAGGCCGUCCAGCCCUGGACACCCGGUAUGGUGGACAAAGGCAGCCUGCAACAGUUUGGAUCACACAACAGACACGGCCCAGAGCUGCCCAUGAGCCCAGAUGGGCCAACAGAUGAGAGACUGGCUUCGAGCACCAAGACACAGGGGCCUCGGGGAGAAAGGAAGAGCUGGGAAGAUGGCUCCAUGGCUGAGGGGUCCAUGGACUGGAGGGCUGGGUGGCCUGGGAGACAGGACAGACUGUGUACUGAGGAGAAGUGAAUUUGUCAUGCUGCAUGAACUUGGGCUAACAUGCCACUUGGCAGUAUUCGAUGGUAAAAAAAGAAACACAGCUUGACAGCCUAGGCAAGCUAGGAAAUAACUUGGGCUGGCCAGGCCGGUAGUCGUUGACAGCAGACUGGGUAGACAAGACUGAGUUGGGAGACUGUAGGCGCGACGAGGCCCUACUCUCCAAGACGGUAGGCUUUCCACACUGAGAGUAGAAAAUCUGAAGAGUCGCAAACAGAAAAGAGGAAUUAAGCAUGAAGGACAAUGAGAUAAGCAUUAUGGAGAUUACCUGUUCCUCACAUUCCAUCUCCUGUGAUGGGACAAACCAUCAGAAAGUGGCCCUCAACAUAGGGUGACUCUAAGGCUUGCGGGUGUGCGGAAUCCGGAGGCACGAGCAAGAAAGUAUUUGAGGAGGCAGAUGGACAAAUGGCAGGAAGCUCUCCAGACAAGGAGGCUAGCAACCGUACUGAGAGCAACACGGGAUCACCUCGGCUUCAGAGGCUGGAAGAGAGACGUGCUGUCUUCUCGUGAAACCCUUCUACUAGCCCAGCACUCUCCAGUCCACACCCAGCCUGAGAUCUCAUGGAGGCCUUCCUUGACCUUGCUGUGGGUAAUCCCUCUGCCAUACCCACAGCUGCCACCUGUGAAGGCCCAGGACAUUUAGCUGGGAGUGCUCGUGACAAGCCUGCACCCUCACCCCCUUGGCCAGUGGCCUCCAGCAUCUGCAUCCAGAUCUUAGCCCUCCAUCAGAAGAGCGCAGCUGUCAAUAACUUCGGUUUCAAAAAUUGUUUUAAGCUCAGUUCUCCAGACCUGUUUCCUAUGUAAAGCUUCACAGGCCUGUUUUCUUUAUCUCUCCUUCUUUCUUCUUUUUCUUCUUCCUUCUUUUUUCUUUUUCUUCUUCCUUCAUCUUCCUCUUCUUCUCUUUUUUGAGACAGGGUAUCACAAUGUAGCCCUGGCUGGCUUUCUUGAAACUGUCUUUAUAGACCAGACUGGCAUUGACUUGACAGAGAUCCGCCUGCCUCUGCCUCUUGAGUGCUGAGAUUAAAGGCAUAUAUGCCACCACCCUCUGCCCUGGCAGUCCCAUUUUUAGGGAAGGGAUUUUGGCCC